AACACUAUUGAUCUGGUCCAAAAAAAAAAGCAUGCACACUUCAUUUAUUUCACCAUUCAUUUCACUCUAAAGAGCGCUUUACAAUGGUAGAAGAUCCAGCACUGAACCAGUGAUUAACCCAUCUCCUUAUCCUCCUUCCUUGCUCCAAUUCCAAAUAAUUCUACAUGUUCUUUUUGAUAAAAUCCUCAAAAUCUUUGGUUGUAGGACAGCUACGCAGCGAUGGUGAUGUUUAACGUGUUCCUUGUUGAAACUUCCAUCAAUGGCCAAAAGACAGGAACCUCUUAUCAGAGAGAAGGGACGAACAAGCUUAGCAAUCUAGAUGGAAAUAUUGCCUCCUUGGUAGUGAAGUUGAUAACAGAAGAUGUCAAAGAGAAUUAUGAUGAUGUGCCUAUUGAUGAAGUAUUAGGUGCUAGAAUCUAUGAGAAUAUAUAUUUGCAUUCAUGGAAGUUUGCAAAUACACCCAUUAAAAUUAGCAACUUCCUGGCAUAGGAUGUGAUUAGCGCCAAUCACUACUAUCCUUGAACUUAUUGAGAGAUUUUAAAUCCUUGAUUAUAUAUGUCUUACAUAUAAUUUAUUGC